UUAAACGAAGCUGCUCGCGUCCACGUUCACGUCGAUCGUUCCCUUCAUUAUCACAAAAUGGGGUUGAAAAAGUAAAAAAGAAUAAAUCAACAAAUAUACAAGAGCCGACCGCGUCGAGAGCUCGUCGCAACCAUGCCGAUCACGGCAGGACGCAGCAGACUCCAACAAUUGUGCGCGUGCCGCAACAAAAUAUACGCCCAUCAGAAGAAAAAACCGAGAGACCGUUGCAAGAGGAAGAGGCAGGCCUUCGUAUACAAUCCGAAGGAAGAGAUCUGGCACGAGCCCUACAUGCAAUCGCUCCGUCGUGAGUUCUCGGACGAGUCUGUGUUGUGCGACUCCAAGAUCGAGCUACCCUGGAGGGACAUCGCCCUACGAUCGGCGAUGAGGAUUCGUCCCGACUCGACGGCUGUCGAGGCCGAUCGGGAGGUGGACGAGACUGAGACGAGGACCAUCGACAGCGAGAAGCGAGAGUCCACUGGAGUCAUGACGUUGCCGUGGCAGGACCUGCUCAUCACGGAGACUCUGCGAAGCACGUUGGACGAGCCGGAGCUCUGCGACUCCUCGGUGGAGAUACCCUGGGCCGACCUGGCGCUGGAGAAGCCGGUGGAGAUACGACCGUCGCGGGAGGAGCGGACCUGCGUGACCGACGACGUCGAGAUUCCCUGGACCGAGAUCCUGAUGCCGCGUAAUAUCGUCAUCAGAUCUGAAAGGAAGCGAAAACAUCCCUCGUCCAAACAACCACCGCGACCGCGUGCUGACGCAAUGUGCAUCCCUUGUGGCAAGCCUACCUGCUGCGCGAGAAUCCGCCCGAAAACUCGCAUAAAUCCUGGCGAGAGUGUUGCGGGUUCCAAUUGGAUUGUCGCCUGCAUGUAGAGCUAUGUGUAAACACUUAUUUGCUGAUUUGAUUAAAUUUCAAUAU